AUGAGACAGAAAAAAGCAGGAGAAGAGCUGAAGACAGGGAAUCUGCAGAAGAAGAGAAAACUACAACAGGAAGCAGAACUACAGGAGCCAGGGAAUCUGCAGAAGAAGAGAAAACUACAACAGGAAGCAGAACUACAGGAGCCAGGGAAUCUGCAGAAGAAGAAGAAACAACUACAACAGGAAGCAGAACUACAGGAGCCAGGGAAUCUGCAGAAGAAGAAAGAACUACAACAGGAAGCAGAACUACAGGAGCCAGGGAAUCUGCAGAAGAAGAAAAAACUACAACAGGAAGAAGCAGAACUACAGGAGCCAGGGAAUCUGCAGAAGAAGAAAGAACUACAACAGGAAGCAGAACUACAGGAGCCAGGGAAUCUGCAGAAGAAGAAAGAACUACAACAGGAAGUAGAACUACAGGAGGCAGGGAAUCUGCAGAAGAAGAAAAAACUACAACAGGAAGCAGAACUACAGGAGCCAGGGAAUCUGCAGAAGAAGAAAGAACUACAACAGGAAGCAGAACUACAGGAGCCAGGGAAUCUGCAGAAGAAGAAGAAACUACAACAGGAAGCAGAACUACAGGAGCCAGGGAAUCUGCAGAAGAAGAGAAAACUACAACAGGAAGCAGAACUACAGGAGCCAGGGAAUCUGCAGAAGAAGAAACAACUACAACAGGAAGCAGAACUACAGAGUGAAAUCCAGCAGUGUUUGAUUAAAGCUGCAGUGAGGACGCAGCCGGAGCCUCAGACACUGAUUUAUGUGUCACACCUGACUCAGACCUUUGAUCAGGACGACGACAGCUGCAGAGGCUCGGCUGGAGACGGCUCACAGCGUCUCACCUUUCAGGAGUCUCCGUGUGUUUGUCCUGCAGCUCAGAGUCUCUUUUCUCUUCUGCAGGUGCUCGUCCUCGCUGCUGCUGCCAUGUCUCCGCUCCGAGUCGCUGCCAUGCUGCUGCUGCUCAUCGUCACGCCCGCCGCAGCUCAAGGAAUUGACUGCAGCUGCAACGUCACCAACAGCCGCUGUGACGAGUCUGGAGUCUGCAGGUGUGACCCCGGCUGGGACGGCGAGCGCUGCGACCGCUGUGUGCCGAUGCCCGGCUGUCUGCACGGAUCCUGCCAGCAGCCGUGGCAGUGCAGCUGUGAGGCCGGCUGGGGGGGGCGCUUCUGUGACAAAGACCUGCAUGUGUGCUCGGAGCAGCAGCCGUGUCAGAACGGAGCGACCUGUGUGAUGGAGGACAGUGGUGAUUACUCCUGUCUGUGUCCUGAAGGUUUCCACGGCAACGACUGUCAGCUGAAGACGGGACCGUGUCACCAGAGGAGGUCUCCGUGUAAAAAUGGCGGUCUGUGUGAAGAUGCUGACGGCUUCGCGGCGGAGCUGUCGUGUCGCUGUCUGGCCGGCUUCACCGGGCCGCGCUGUGAGACCGAUGUGGACGACUGUCUGAUGAAGCCGUGUGCGAACGGCGCCACCUGCCUGGACGCUGUGAACCGCUUCUCGUGCGUCUGUCCCGCCGGCUUCACCGGACGCUUCUGCACCAUCAACCUGGACGACUGCGCCAGCCGGCCGUGCCUGAACGGCGGCCGCUGCCUCGACCGCGCCGGCGGCUUCCACUGCGUCUGCCAGCCCGGCUUCAGCGGCGCCACCUGCGAAGCGCCGACGAGGAGCCACGCCCCCCGCGAGCCCGGCUGGACCACGCUGGGCUGGGAGGGAGGAGGAGCCCAACCUCACGCGACCACCGGGGGGAAGAACCAGAGGAGCAGCACCAGCAGUAACAGCAGUCGCUAUGGCAACAGGCUGCUGAAGGUGACGGUGAGCGAGCGGCGUGCGGCCGGGCUGACGGAGGUCCAGCUCAUCACGGUGCUGGUGCUGGCCGGGCUGACGCUGGGCAUGGUGGCGCUCACCGCUGCCCUCGUGCUGCAGGGUCGCUGCAGAGACUGUCGCCACGCCCCCUGCUGGCGGCCGCUGAUGACAUCGUCGUCGUCGUUGUCGUCACAGCGGCAGCGAGGGCGGCAGGAUGGCGGCGAGCGCGAGUGUCAGAUCAGCUUCCUGAACGCAGCAGAACCAGAGAAGAAGAAACUGAACAGUGAGGUCAUUUAGACCGACGGGCGUCCGAGAGAGAGAGAGCGAGGCGGUCCGCUGGCUCGACCCCGCCCCCCCGCCUGA